CACAGACAUCCACAGAUGCCUUACUUGACAAGACUCGUUUUGUUUUUGUUUUGCUUGGUGCUCCUCGUGGAGAGCAGAAAGCCCAGAAGGAAGAGAUGGACAGGGCAGCUGGAAUCACCCAGGCCAAGCCACCUGUAUAAGAACCUCGAUGUGACCAAAGUCCACAAGGGCAAGCCUCGGCCGCUUCUCCGAGUGGAUGACCACGACUUCACAAUGAGGCCGGCUUUUGGAGGCCCUGCCAUCCCAGUGGGUGUGGACGUGCAGGUGGAGAGUCUGGACAGCAUCUCCGAGGUGGACAUGGACUUCACUAUGACCUUGUACCUGCGGCAUUACUGGAAGGACGAAAGGCUGGCCUUCCCCAGUGCCAGCAACAAGAGCAUGACCUUCGACGGCCGGCUGGUGAAGAAGAUUUGGGUCCCUGAUGUCUUCUUUGUUCACUCCAAAAGGUCGUUCAUUCACGACACCACCACUGACAACAUCAUGCUGAGGGUGUUUCCAGACGGCCACGUGCUGUACAGCAUGAGGAUUACGGUCACUGCCAUGUGCAACAUGGAUUUCAGCCACUUCCCCCUGGACUCCCAGACCUGUUCUUUGGAACUGGAGAGCUAUGCAUACACAGAUGAAGAUCUGAUGCUGUAUUGGAAGAAUGGGGACGAGUCCCUGAAAACAGACGAGAAGAUCUCCUUGUCUCAGUUUCUGAUCCAGAAAUUUCAUACGACAUCCAGACUGGCCUUCUACAGCAGCACUGGCUGGUACAACCGUCUGUACAUCAACUUCACCUUGCGGCGCCACAUCUUCUUCUUCUUGCUCCAAACCUAUUUCCCCGCCACCCUGAUGGUCAUGCUGUCCUGGGUGUCUUUCUGGAUCGACCGCAGAGCUGUGCCCGCCAGAGUUUCCCUGGGCAUCACCACGGUGCUGACCAUGUCCACCAUCAUCACGGGCGUGAACGCCUCCAUGCCGCGCGUGUCCUACAUCAAGGCCGUGGACAUCUACCUCUGGGUCAGCUUCGUGUUUGUGUUCCUCUCGGUGCUGGAGUACGCGGCCGUCAACUACCUGACCACGGUGCAGGAGCGGAAGGAGCGGAAGCUACGGGAGAAGUUCCCGUGCAUGUGUGGGAUGCUUCAUUCGAGAACCAUGAUGCUGGAUGGAAGCUACAGUGAGUCCGAGGCCAACAGCCUGGCCAGCUACCCCAGAAGCCACAUUCUGACGGAGGAGGAGAGGCAGGACAAGAUAGUGGUCCACCUGGCCCUGAGCAAUGAAGCCACCUCCUCCAGGAAGCGGGGACUCCUGAAGGGCCAGAUGGGGCUUCGCAUCUUCCAGAACACCCAUGCCAUCGACAAGUACUCCAGGUUGAUCUUCCCUGCCUCCUACAUAUUUUUCAACUUAAUUUAUUGGUCAGUGUUCUCCUAGGGGUUCCAAGGCUGUGCCUAGCAGUGGACACGGACAUCCCUGGGGCCGGCCAGCCACAGACACGUGGACCUGUUGACCACGCUCCCUCGCCAGACACAGCAGCCACUCCUGGGCGCCACGAGGAGCACCCCUCGCUCAGGAGCCCAGCUGCCCUUGCCCCGGACCUUGUGGGUGUGCUCCUUGUCCACGCUGUGUGCUGUGUCACACUUCGUGUGUCUCUGGGACCAUCCUCUUCUGUUCUUGUGUGUGGACUAGUUCACAAGCAGUCUUCUCCCGUGUAAAGCAGAAAGACUCCAAUGCCUCCCGGAUGCUCUUAGAGCCUCAUGAAGCGGAAGAAGGGAAGGGAAAGGAUGGACACGCUAUGGGCGCUCUGGAUAGGAGACAGCAAAUUAGGAAUGACAGUGACAUCUGUGAACCCCUGCGACUGGAUUAAGUGCCUACCUAGGAAGGAGAAAACUCAGAUCCCAGACCAGAGAAGGAUUUGGCCUGCGUGAGUCCAGCAACCCAUACUGCGAGAUGAUUUUGCAGUCGGAGGGGAGUCUGUUCCUGCAUCCAUCCCUUCAACCAUUCAUUAACUCUCGAGUCCCACUCUGCCAGAGACUGUGGAAAUGAGCAGCUGGAGUCCUUUUCCUCGGAGAACGUCUCUAAGCUGUGCUCUCACUUCUGCCCUCCCCCUCUCUCAACCCCAACUUUACUCCUAGGGCUGUCUAGAAAAGCAUUUGAGAUCUCCUGUGAGCCCCCCCCCCCCCCCGAGCCAGCUCCAUACUUCUCUCCUGGAACCUCCAGGCGGGGCGUGAGAAUUAAUGAGAGCAGAACUUGGUCUUGGGGAAGAAGGGGGUAUGGGUCUGCUGUGGAAAUUCGGUUCAGAUGCCAUCCUACCUCCGUGUGGACUCCUCACUUAUCCCCCAGUGGAGCAAUGUCCAAGCCUCACCCCCUACUCUAACCCAAGGGUCUCACACUCCAAAAUGAUUUCUCCUGUGCUUCUACAAGGUCAUGACCUUCCCCUCCAAUGCAGCAAAGCCCAGAGAUAGGAAAACAUCUCAUUUACUCAGUCCCCUAGCCUUGUGUUAGGAGGUUUCUAGAUAAGUGAAUCUCUGAUUAGUAGACGUUCAUGUGGUAUCAAGGAAGUGAUUUUAAUGAAGGGGCUCUUCCUUUAUAGCACUUGGAGACAGAACGCAGUUCUGGGGGAGCAGGGAGGGAGACCCACCUGGGGUUCAUGGCUCAACAAAGGAUGUUGGUCUGCCUUCUUCCCCAGAGCCCCCACCAGAUUCCUGCUCUAAAUUUUGUUCAAGUAUAGAAAAAUGGUAGCACAAAUAAAGGGAUUCCCUCUGCCUUAAAUGAAGUAAGCUCUGGCCUGUGGAUCCUGCCCCAUGGCUCGUGUCCCUAGGGACAGGGAUGCUUCGUUCCUGAGGGUGAGGGCACACCUGAAUACCAGAGCCUCCAGGAGCUGCAAGUCAGGGCUGGGAGCUGCCUGAUCCUCUCACUCACUCACAUUCCUGGCCUUGCGUCUGGUCCACCCACCUUUCACCCGUCUCCCCCAUUUCCAGGUGUAUUCCUUAUGUGAUCCUGGUCCCAGACACUUGCUUUGUUAGUUCCUUGCCUGUGCUAAGAUCAACACUCAUCUCUGGCCACCAACCCCGUGUGGACUGUGGUUUCCAGCCCACUGGUCUAGGGACUGUGUGAUCAGGGCUGGCACUCAAAGGGCCAACUCCCAGCUGGGCAGGGUGCAGGCACCAGUAUGACACAGGUUACCUUGGUAGAUUGCAAGUUUAGAAGGUUCCCAAGGGCAUCCUUAAAUUUAAUAAUUGUCUAGAAAGACUUGCAGAAGUCAGAACAGCCAAUAUGAUCAUGGUUACAGUUUAAAAACAAAAGCUAGGGGCCAGCACUGUGGCAUAGUGGGUAAAGCCACCGCCCGCAGUGCCAGCAUCCCAUAUGGGCGCCAGUUCGAGUCUCCACUGCUUCACUUCCCGUCCAGCUCUCUGCUGUGGCCUGGGAAGGCAGUAGAGGAUGGUGCAGGUCCUUGGGCUCUUGGACCUGCAUGGGAGACUGGGAAGAGACUUAUGGCUCCUGGCUUCAGAUCAGCCCAGCUCCAGCUGUUGUGGCUAACUGGGGAGUGAACCAUUAGAUGGAAGACCUCUCUCUCUCUCUGCUUCUGCUUCUCUGUAAUGCUGCCUUUCAAAUUAAAUAAAUAAAUAAAUCUUUAAAAAAAAAUGCUUACAGAUUAAAGUCAGCAAAGGGAAGAACAUAUAGGACCUGGCCUGGGAGAA